AUGAAUCUUCCAUCGAUCCGAGAUGAUGAUUCAGAGGCACUAGCCAAGCUCAACCGAACUCUUCAUGGAGCCAUGCAUGCCCUGAGGACCGGCGGAUAUAAGCAAGACUUGGAACCGGGAAUGACUUUAGACCACGUCGUCUCUCGUUUACCUCCGCCAAUGAGAAGUAGCUGGGGCGUGAAAGUGUAUCGGAUGACUCCAACACGAGCUACUCUCAAGGAUCUAGCAAAAUGGAUAGACGAGAUUGUGAUGGGUGAAUUGAUGACCAGGUCGUCUACUCAUAGAUCACCAGCUCCACAGAAGGAAAAGAAGGCGGGAGGUGCUAAGCCUUCCACCAAACCAACUCCUCUCUUUGAUAAAGGUCCUGUUGUCUUUCACACCUCCACAUAUUUACCAGUCAAGAAACCGCAGCCAAGUAACCCCUCUGAAAAUCAUUCGUCAUUGCCAUUGCCAAAGAGAAGUGUUCUCAAGAAAUGCCUUUAUUGUGAUAACGCGCAUUCGAUAAAAACCUGUUCCACAUUUAGGGAUCUAGAUGUGACAGCUAGAGUGGAGUGGGUGAAGGAGAAACGACUAUGUUUUACGUGUCUGAUCGGAACACAUCGGGGAACUGAGUGCCCCACCGAAGUCGUCUGCAAUAUUGGGAACUGUAAUCAGCGACACCAUCCCUUAUUGCACGGAGCGCCUCGAGUUUAUCCCGUGAAUACUUCAGCAACUAGAAACACAGUCCAAUCAUCAUCAAAGUCGUCCGAUAGUCGCGCAAUGACCAUUAAAAAGAGGGAUACGGUCAUCAACACUUCCCUAGCUAUCGUUCCCGUGUUACUUCAAGCUAACGGAGUGGAAAUAGAAACUUUCGUUUGUCUAGAUCCAGGAGCAACCGUUAACUUAAUUCGAGAGGAUGUAGCUAAACAGCUUAUAUGCAAAGGGAAUGCAAAAAAUGUAUCCUUUGGGUCGUUUCACGGUCAAGACCCUCAAUUUCAAUCCACUACGGUUAGUCUGACCGUUAAGGCUCGUGACAGAACCUUCGAAGCUGAUUUAAAGCAGGUUUCUACUGUACCCAUUCAGUACUUAAAGUUACCAUGCCCACCGAAGGAGUUAAUGGAGAUUCGAGGUCGUUACCCUCAUCUCAAAGACGUGAAACUGGUUGAUGUUGGAGAACCAACCAUCCUAAUUGGAGCAGGAAACCAAUGGCUGCACCUACGUCUCGAUAAAAAACUACCUCCUGUCGGAACCGACACCCCCUUUUGUUUAUUGACGCCAUUUUGUUGGACUUGCCUUGGUUAUUUAACAGUAGGAACGCAGCAACAUGCUUCAGCGGUUUGUCGUUCAAACAAACCAUUGCUGGCGGUGCAAAAACUCUGCUACAGUGUACAAGAAUUGCCGACGGAAGCGCUACUUUUGCGUCAAGUUGAGAAAUUGCGGGAAACGGAAAGCUUUCCAACAGUAACUCCCGCUAAACCGUUAGAAUCAGACGAGGAUAAAUUGGCGAGAAAGAAAUUGGAAGCAACUAUUCAAUUCAACGGACCCAAUGCAUUGUGUCGACUUUUUCCUAUUGAAAAUAAAUUCGCAAACAAUUCAAACUUUGCUGAGAGAUACAAAGCCGUGAUCGAUGACUAUGUGGCAAAGGGAUUCGCUCGGCCUCUCAAAGAAAGUGAAUUGAGGGGCACCUUUGGGAGAAAUUGGUACCUUCCCCAUAAUGGAAUUGUAAAUCAUCGGAAACCCGAAAAGGUUACAGUGGUUUUCGAUGCUUCGGCCAAGUAUCAAGGAGUUGCACUCAACGAAAUACUGUUAAAGGGUCCUAACCUUAUCAAUUACAUAGGUGUUACCCUUCUACUAUUUAGAGAAAGGCCGGUGUCCCUAUCUGGGGAUAUUCAACAAAUGUUUCUUCAAGUUGGCUUGAAGAAAGAAGAUCGCUCCACCCUACGAUUUUUAUGGCGUUCACCUGGCUCUCGAAAAAAACCCACCGUAUAUGAGAGGCAGCGACCAAUCUUUGGAUCGAUUUUAUCCCCUUUCAUCUGCUCAAAAGUGCUCCGACAGAUUGCUGACCUACAUCGUGAAGAAUUUCCUGAAGCUGCUGAAAAGGUCUACAAGAACUUCUAUGUGGAUUACCUUCUGGAUAUUUUUUACACCGAAGAUGAGGCUAGUCGAGUAGUCAAAGAUUCUACAGCAUUGCUAAAAAAGAAUGAUUUACCUACGGAGAGAACCUUAGGCGUUUUAUAUGACAACGAAAGUGACAGCUUCGUCUUUGAUGUUAAAACUGACGUUGAAGCAAGGACUAAGCGUCGGAUCUUGAGUAGAGUGUCUACCUUGUAUGACCCACUGGAUUUUUUAUCACCAGUGAUCCUUAGCGCUAAAAGAAUUCUACAAGAAUUGUGGCUUGUCGGGGUUGACUGGGAUGACCCAAUUCCCGAAGUUUUUCAACACCAGUGGAACAAGUGGACUACUAGUCUUAACCAUUUCAAAGCGUUCAAGAUCCCGCGAGCUCUAACUUCUUCCAGCGACAUGAAAGACAUUCAGCUGCACGCUUUUUGCGAUGCAUCCACCGUUGGGUUUGGUUCUGUGGUGUAUCUACGAGUAACCUAUCGCAAAAAUAUCCUCGCCGUAAAUUUCGUUACGUCCCGCGUGGCACCACUUUGUCCGCUUACUGUUCUAAAAUUAGAACUCCAAGGAGCAAUUGUGGCACUACGCCUUGUGAAAUUCGUUCAAUCAACCCUUCGUAUUGCAAUUAACCAAAUCGUCUAUUUGUCUGACUCUCAAACUGUCCUUCAGUGGAUAGCCUCAAAGACUUGUCGCGCAGCAAAUGAGUGCAGCACAGGACUUUUGCCUGGUGAGAUGAUGGAAAAUUUUCGUUGGGUGCAUGGCCCAGCCUGCUUGCAGCAAGAAGAAAACGCCUGGCCGAUAACCAUCAAACUUCCCGAAACUUCUGUAGAAGACCAAGAGGUAUCAGCCACCAACUGGGUUGGGCUCGUUUACGGCCCCGCUCCAGAAAAUAGACUCCACUCACUUUUGGAACGAAAUUCCAACUAUGAUUUAGUGAUGCGAGUUGUUUCCUGGAUUCUUCAUUUUAUUUCCAACUCGAAAUUGAAAUUACCGGAUCGUGACAAAUCGCGCAUUGGUGUAAAAUGCUUACAGCGCGCUGCUGAUCAUUCCAUCAAAUCUGCGCCAUUUGAGAUAUAUUCCGAUGGUGAAGGAAUACUGCGAGUAGGAGGUCGCUUGAAUUACGCCCUUCUUUCGUUCGAUGUCAAUCACCCAAAAUUCCUUCCUCAUGAUCAUCCAAUCACGCGUUUAAUCGUCAUGAGAGAGCAUGACCUACUGUUUCAUCCAACUCCAGAAAGACUACUCAUUUCAAUAAGGUCAGAAUAUUGGAUCAUUAAAGGACGAGUGGCUAUUAAGAAGUAUCUGCACAAGUGCUUCAUUUGCAAACGUCAUAGAGCUACCCCCUGCAUUUCUUUAAUGGCCCCGCUUCCGCGUCAUCGACUUAUUCCGUUCCAGCGUCCCUUUACUCAUGUGGGAUUGGACUAUUUCGGCCCAUGCAACAUCACCAUUUAUCGCCGCAAAGUAAAACGAUAUGUUUUGCUGAUAACCUGUCUCAAUACUAGAGCGGUACACUUGGAAGUUGCAGCCUCACUUGACUUAUCAUCUUUUUUGGUCGCCUUUGCUUCGUUCAGCGCCCAAAGAGGUCAUCCGUUAGUCGUGUAUAGCGAUAAUGGAACUCAAAUUGUUGCUCGGGACAAGGCAAUCCAACAAGGCAUCGAGCGUCUCAAUGAGAAAAAUAUCGUUGGUCAAAUUAUGAAACAAAAAAAUCAAAUGGCAUUUCUCACCACCAUUAGCGCCACACUUCGGAGGAGCUUGGGAAAGUCUUGUGAAAUCGGCAAAGGUGGCUCUGGAAGCCAUCGUGGAAUCGCGUCUGCUCACUGA